UUUUUGCAAAGAUCUAAAUCCCCAAUUCUCGAUCAAGGUGGUCCUCUAGGUCUAUCUUCCAACAUCAAGGUGUAUAUCUACGAUCUUCCCUCCAGCUACAACACCGACUGGCUUGUGGAUAGCCGGUGUAGCAGCCAUCUUUUCGCUGCCGAGGUUGCCAUUCACCAGAAUUUGCUGCGCAGUCCCGUGCGAACCUUGGAUCCGGACGAGGCGGACUUUUUCUUCAUGCCCGUGUACGUCUCGUGCAAUUUCACCAGCAGAUCCGGGUUCCCGACGCUGUUUCACGCGUCGGACAUUCUCCAGGCAGCAGUGGGCUUGGUUUCACGUAACAUGCCUUUCUGGGAUCGCCAUCAAGGCCGAGACCACGUCUUUGUUGCCACCCACGACUUCGGGGCAUGCUUCCAUGCAAUGGAGGAUUUAGCGGUCACAAUGGGCAUCCCACAGUUUUUGAGAAACUCCAUCAUCCUGCAAACUUUCGGGGAAAAGAACAAGCACCCCUGCCAGAAUGUGGACCAUAUCCAGAUACCUCCCUACGUGGUUCCAGCCAAGAAGUUGCCCGAUCCCAGGAGCCAGCGCCGCAAGAUCCUGGCGUUUUUCAGGGGCAAGAUGGAGAUCCACCCCAAGAACGUUAGCGGCCACAUGUACAGCAGGGGCGUGAGAACCACAAUCUGGCGACGCUUCUCGCACGACCGGCGCUUCUUCAUAAAGCGCAAGAGGUCCGACAACUACAAGGCGGAGAUGCUGCGCUCGGUGUUCUGCCUGUGCCCGCUGGGGUGGGCGCCGUGGAGCCCGCGCAUCGUGGAGUCGGUGAUCCAGGGCUGCAUCCCGGUGAUCAUCGCGGACAACAUCCAGCUCCCCUACUCGCACGUCAUCGACUGGAGGAAGAUCUCGGUCACGGUGGCGGAGAGGGACGUGCACAAGCUGGACAGGAUCCUGAGCAGGGUGGCGGCCACCAAUGUGUCCAUGAUCCAGGCCAAUCUCUGGAGAGACGAGGUGCGCCAGGCGUUGGUAUACAACCAGCCGCUCGUUCGUGGCGACGCGACGUGGCAAGUUCUAGAUCUCCUGUCCAAGAGGAAGAACAAGGUGGCGGAGGCGGGGUCCCGGAUAAAAGUGGCGUGAGUGGACAAAGUUUGGAAGGAAUCGGAUUCUUUUUUUUUUUUUUUUUUUCUUACUUACAAGCAGGGAUGGAAGAGAAACAAGGAAAACGAGGCAAGCUCGUGUCGUCUUGUUUACUCGCUGUGUGUGUGUGUAUAUUUUGGCCAGUUACAUUCAUUAUACCAGAAAUUCUUUUGUCUCAAAGUGUACAUGCUUUGAUAAUAUGAUCACAUGUUGUGAA